AUGAGCACAGGUGACUUUCUAACUAAAGGCAUUGAACUGGUCCAAAAGGCCAUUGAUCAUGAUAUGGCCACUCAAUAUCAGGAGGCAUAUACAGCAUAUUAUAACGGAUUGGAUUACUUAAUGUUGGCAUUGAAGUACGAGAAGAAUCCGAAAUCGAAGGAUCUGAUUCGAGCAAAGUUUACAGAAUAUUUAGCUCGUGCAGAACAGUUGAAAGAACACCUUGAAAGUGAGGAACAAAAGCAGGCAGAGAGGCCAAAACGUGCAGCAGCAGCUACGUCCAGUGGUGCUAGUGGUGUACAUGAGGAUGACGGUGAAGAAAAAAAGCUUCGGGGAGCCCUUUCCGGUGCAAUUUUGACCGAGAAGCCUAACGUUAAAUGGGAGGAUGUUGCAGGAUUGGAAGGAGCUAAAGAGGCCUUAAAGGAAGCGGUUAUUUUACCUGUUAAGUUCCCUCACCUUUUCAAGGGUAACCGAAAGCCAACUACUGGGAUCUUGCUGUACGGCCCUCCAGGUACCGGUAAGUCUUAUUUAGCGAAGGCAGUUGCUACAGAGGCCAACUCCACCUUUUUUAGUAUUAGCUCCAGUGACCUGGUCUCUAAAUGGAUGGGUGAGUCAGAGAGAUUAGUGAAACAGCUAUUUAAUAUGGCUCGUGAAAAUAAGCCAUCAAUAAUCUUUAUCGACGAGGUUGACGCCUUGACGGGUUCUAGAGGCGAGGGUGAAAGCGAAGCUAGUAGAAGAAUUAAAACAGAACUAUUGGUUCAGAUGAACGGGGUGGGAAACGAUCCUACAGGGGUGUUGGUUCUGGGCGCAACAAAUAUUCCAUGGCAAUUGGACAGCGCGAUUAGAAGGAGAUUUGAAAAAAGAAUAUAUAUUCCGUUGCCCGACACGCUUGCUAGGACAAAGAUGUUUGAAUUAAAUGUGGGGGAUACGCCUUGCAGCCUUACUGAUGAAGACUUCAGGUCUUUGGCGCAGUACACAGAAGGUUAUUCUGGAAGCGACAUAGCGGUAGUAGUAAAGGAUGCCCUCAUGCAGCCUAUAAGAAAGAUCCAAAUGGCGACCCAUUUCAAGAAUGUUUCUGAUGAUCCUAAUGUCCGCAGACUGACGCCGUGCUCUCCUGGUGAGAGUGGCGCAAUGGAAAUGAAUUGGACCGAUAUCGAUGCAGAUGAAUUACAGGAGCCGGAACUGACAAUAAAGGACUUUUUAAAGGCCAUCAAGACCUCUAGACCUACUGUCAAUGAUAUUGAUCUACAGAAACAGGAGCAAUUCACACGGGAUUUCGGCCAAGAAGGCAAUUGA